CUUUCCCCAGCUGCCGCCAAGGUGCUCGGUUCUUCCGAGGGAGCUAAGGCCGCGUUGGGGUGAGGCCCUCAACUCGCCGCGCCAUGGCCUCCGUGUCCGAGCUCGCCUGCAUCUACUCGGCCCUCAUCCUGCACGACGACGAGGUGACCGUCACGGAGGAUAAGGUCAAUGCUCUCAUCAAGGCUGCCGGGGUGACCGUGGAACCUUUCUGGCCUGGCUUGUUUGCAAAGGCCCUGGCUAACGUCAACAUUGGGAGCCUCAUCUGCUCUGUGGGGGCUGGCGGGCCUGCACCUGCAGCUGGCGCUGCCCCAGCUGGGGGUCCUGCCCCCACCGCUGCUGCUGCCCCAGCUGAGGAGAAGAAAGUGGAAGCAAAGAAGGAAGAGUCUGAGGAGUCUGAUGAUGACAUGGGCUUUGGUCUGUUUGACUAACCCUUUUAUAGUGUGUUCAAUAAACAGCUGAACUCUGCAAAAAAAAAAAAAAAAAAAAAAAAAAAA